AUUUAAUAAAGAUAUUAUUAAUUUGUUAAAAUAUCAAAUGGCACCAUUACCAGAACCAAGUAGCCAAAAUGUUCAAUCUGUUGAAAAUAAAGAUGUUUUCAGAUUCAUUUACAAGAACAAGGAGUAUGAUGUUUCAGAAUAUGUUCCCAAGCAUCCAGCAGGUAAAUCCUUUUUUGAUAAGAUGAAGGAUGAGAAAGAAGAUUUUACAGAAUAUUUUAGAUGUCUGCACUCCAAAAGAGCUUUGAAAAUAUUAAAAUCUUAGAAGGUCGUGAGGUCAAACAUAAAGGAAUCAGAGGAAAGCAAAUAAUAUUCUCACAUUAAAAAAUAAGUGAAAAAUCUGUUUGAACCUGAUUGGACAAUAGAACUUCUCCUCUUUGUUGGAUUGGCAUUAGGAUUAUAUUUAGGAGUUACUAGUGAUUGGUGUAUAGCGAUUCCUUCAAUUGUAUUGACCCAAAUAGUAGCUGGUUGGUAAGGACAUUCAACCAACCACAACAGAAAUCCGUUGUUGUACAAGUUGUCUAUUCCUUAUGGAAUUAUUCAUGGUUUUUCUGCUGAUUGGUGGCAAUUCAAGCAUAAUAACCAUCAUAUCUUCACAAAUAGAAUCGGGAAGGAUGAUGAUAUUAAUCACACAUAUUAACUGUGGUAAUAUGGAUUCCUCUAUUUAAAAUGGAAAUUCGAUUCUUUUCUUGCAUCAUACAAUAAGAUUGACAUCAUCUACAUUCUCAUUCAUUAAAUAAUAGUGUUCUAAUAAAAAAUAUGGAUAUAUUUAGUUGCUUAAUACAUAGCAGGAUUCUUCAGUGCUUGUAUAUUGAUAGGAAAUCAUGAAAGAGAAUACAAGUUCUUCAAUAAAAUUGACAAGCCUUUUAUUGAACAUUAAAUUAUCACAUCUAGAAAUUAUGAUUGGACUGAUUGGUUAUCUAAUUUGUUGAUGGGAGGUAUGUAAUUUUAAACAGAACACCAUUUGUUUCCACAGAUUCCCUUUUAUCGAUUGCCUUACGCAGCUAAAAUUAUUAAUAGAGAAUUAAAUAAAUUUGGAUACAAAAUCCAUAUUGGCAAAAUAUUAUGAAUAAUUUAUAUAAACAAUAAAUAUAGUAAUAUAUUUAAAUUC